AGUGCUGAGAGCAGCUCCGUGUUAAUGUUGCCUUGGAGGGGGAGUAAGCCUGAAGAGCACAGCAAACUUAUCUGGGUCAGUGGCGCGCCAUGGGAAGGCAUGUUUACCUUUUCUGUACCCUCCUGUGUACCGCUGGACUCUUGCACAGCUACGGCCUCAUCCAUACAGAAGAAUACAGAAUGAAAUAUUUAACUCAUUUUAUCGCAACCGAGGACAGCAAUGAAAAGCAACUGAUCAAUAAUUUGCACAAAGUUUUAGAGAGAUUGCAGAAUCACCAUUUUCCUGUUCUCCAUAAAAAGCACAGCUACCUGCCUACGUGUGAUCCAGGAGACCAGUGCGCACUCAGGAAAGGCUCCAGAAUUGGGAAGUUGUGCGACUGCUCUCUGCCAAGAACAUGCAACUUUUUUCUACACCGCUGUUUGUAA